AUGCUCGACUGGCUCUUCUCCCCUUUGGCCAACGAUGUGCACCUCUUCCUCGGCCUCGUGUUUGUCUUUGUGCAGGCAUCCGGCCGGGACUGGACGCCACCACUUGGCACUAGUCCCCAUCGCACUCCUCGGCUCCACGAGUCCACCACCAACGAACCCUUCGAGCAGGCUCGCCUCCUUCGAGGCCCGGUCAAAUGCGGAGCUCGGCUACGAGGCCGCCAUCUCGACGAAGCGGCGUCGGCUCACGAUGCGGCCAGGGCGGGGUGGCGGCUCGCAGAAAACCGACUCGAGGCACCGGCCGCGCGAAGUCGAACCGGUUUUCGGGGUAGGUCUUCUUCUUCGGUCAUGAUGUCCACUUCGUGA